UCCCUCAUUCACCUGCCUGGAACCGGUCUCGCCAUGGAGGUGCAGAAAGAAGCGUUGCAAAGAAUUAUCUCCACAUUGGCACAUAAAAAUGAUGAAAUCCAGAACUUUAUUGAAACUUUAAAUCACAUUUUGGAAGGAGUACAGACUAAUUCUUCCAGUGUUAUUUCUGAGUUGGAAGAGGAAUUUGAUGGCUUAUACUCAAUACUUGAUGAAAUGAAGGAGAUCAUGACAACUAACAUCAAGCAAGAACAAGCACAUAAAAUCCAGGAACUUCAGAAUCAGCUUAGUCAAUGUAGUAAUGCCCUGGAGAACUCUGAAGAAUUGCUGGAGUUUGCUGCACGAUCCUUGGAUAUAAAGGAGUCCGAAGAAUUUUCAAAGGCUGCCAGACAGAUCAAGGAUAGAGUCACAAUGGCUCCAGCAUUCCGUUUGUCUUUGAAACCUAAAGUGAGUGACAAUAUGACACACUUGAUGGUGGAUUUUUCUCAGGAGAGACGAAUGCUUCAGGCACUAAAGUUCUUGCCAGUUCCCAGAGCUCCAGAGAUUAUUUUAACAGACUGUCUGGUAGCUGAUAACGCCGUAACAGUAGCAUGGCAAAUGGCCGAAGAAGACAACAAAAUCGAUCACUAUAUACUUGAAUUUAGAAAAACCAAUUUUGAUGGUCUUCCUCGCAUAAAAGAUGAGAGAUGUUGGGAAUCUAUAGACUACAUUAAGGGCACUGAAUAUACAUUAUCAGGACUAAGAUUUGAUUCAAAAUACAUGAACUUUCGUGUCCGAGCUUGCAACAAGGCUGUGGCUGGGGAUUAUUCGGAUCCUGUGACUUUAGAGACAAAAGCUCUUAUAUUCAAUCUUGAUGGUUCAUCAUCUCAUCUUAACUUAAAAGUUGAAGAUACCUAUGUUGAGUGGGACUCUACUGGAGGGAAAAGCCAAGAAGGCAAAACAAAAGGAAAAGAAAAUAAAGGCAGUGGCCAGAUUACCCUUCUGAAGAACAGUACAAGAAGUGGCACUCCAUCUCCAAAGCGGUCAUCGGUUAGCUCACGCUCACCUUUGAUAAGGGGCAGCCGAGAUAGAUUUACUGGAGAAUCAUAUACAGUCUUGGGAGAUACUACAAUUGAAAAUGGACAGCAUUAUUGGGAAGUGAAAGCCCAGAAGGACUGCAAGUCAUACAGUGUAGGAGUAGCAUAUAAAAAUUUGGGAAAAUUUGAUCAGCUGGGAAAGACCAGUACAAGCUGGUGUGUUCAUAUCAAUAACUGGCUCCAGAGUACGUUUGCAGCCAAACACAAUAAUAAAGCAAAAACACUAGAUGUCGUGGUUCCAGACAGGAUAGGAGUCUAUUGUGACUUUGAUGGAGGUCAACUAUCUUUCUAUAAUGCAAGCUCAAAACAGUUGUUAUAUACUUUCAAAACAAAAUUUACCCAACCCCUAUUACCAGGCUUUAUGGUUUGGUGUGGUGGGCUCACAUUGACAACAGGAUUGCAAGUGCCAACAGCUGUGAAAACACUGCAGAAAAAUGAAAAUGGGUUGAGUGGUUCCACUGGUAGUCUAACCAAUGUUGUCCAGUGAUGUUCCUGGUUAACAGCUACAAUAAGAUCAAAGAACAGUUUAAUGCAUUCUUGCUACUUCCAAUGUCUGACCACCACUAGUGCACACUGCUUGUAUUGAAACUGGCUUCUACUGAAGUAUUAGCAAGAAUGUAUUGUGGUAUAAUAGGAAAACAUCAGCUUUGGCAAAGGAAUAUUUCAGGUUAUAGCUGUAUGCUUCUCUUAGACUAAACAUGACUACUUGUCUUAUGGUUGCUUGACUGAUAAUGAAUUUUGAAUGAUAUGUAACAAAGACAGGUAUGAUCUUAUUAUAACUUCCCUCCACUCCACCCCACCCCAUCCCCACUGCUUUUCUCCUUUCUAGGUUUCUAAUAAUUAGGUUUAAUCUAUAAGAAAAGGAGCUAAACACUGACGCUUGUAAAAUGGGAGUCUUUUAAUAAUCAGAAAAAAAUGUCCACAAAUAGAAAAGGGGAGGAACAUGAAUUAAUGUUUUGAUUAUUGUCCUUUCAUUCAAUGUAGCUCUUUAAUUGCCAGACUCCAAGACUUAACUUUGUUAUUGAGCCUAAGUAAUUUUAUGUUGAUAUUUUAUGUCUUUUCUUUUACAGAAUGGAAGCUGUCAUCUAUAUUUCACUACUGUAUAUAU